CGAGUAGCAGUAAUUGUCGGAUGGAAGCAUCUAGUGCAAAAGCAGGAUAAAAAUGGUCACACAUUAAAACAACAAAUGGAGUGCAGCGCAACGAGGAAUCUAUCUACCCAUAGACGAACCUCUGCGCACACAACUUUCUUCCAAGUAAGUCCGAGAGCAUACAAAACCUAUAUCGACUCAGCUUGAGCCGUUGUGACUCAUAACCCCCCUAGAUAGCCAAGUUUGGAAGUGAUGGCCGCUCACACAUAUUUAUCGUUGUCGAUAUAUGAUGACCAAGGUUGUUCGCAAAUAUUUCACACCGAUAUGCUAAACUUUACCCGGUACUUCGGCUACCAAUCAAUCCAUGUACCGUAUUCUAACAUCACAUGUAUUCUUUCGAUCCGCGCGUCUUCAGAUACAUGAACCGUCUCUAACCUACACAUUUCUACCAUCCAAAGUAUCCCCUUAAUUAGAUGCCCCCAUUAAUUAAGUAUAUUGAAGGGAUGUACUUGCUACCAAGGUAGCACCUUAGAUGUGCAUUCAAUUUUUUUGCAGGCAGGCCAGGCCAGCCAUUGAAAGAAAUGAUGCGAUUCAGAGAGGUUGAGGCCCCUCCUUCUCCUCCUCCUCUUGCCCUUCACUUAGAAUCAUGGUCCAUGAAACCGUACCGGAGACCGUAUCGGGAAAGUCAGCGGUAGGGUAUUUUAUGGUAAAACCGUGGUUUAACCGUUAUACCGGUAAAUGUCGCAUAUCUGUUUAGCCUCCGAUACUGGUAUUUCGUGGUUGAACCGCCGGUACGGUACGGUUUAAUGGACACCGCUCAGAAUGCAUGUUUCAAAGAGCUUCUUUCUUGUUUGUUUUUGGUUAGGGUUAGGGUUAUGAAUUUUGGUUUAGGGUUUUGAAGAAGGGGGCCGGCCAUUCAAUGUUAGGUAAGAUGUGGGCAACCAUUAAAUGGGGUUUUUUUUUUUGUGGGUGUGGGUACGUUGGUGUUUGUUAAAAAAUCGUAGUCCUUUGGUCUUAAAUGCGUCGAGGGAUAUAUGUUCCCUUCCAUGCAUAGCAAGGGCAUGGGGGAGGGAUGUGGAAAUGACAGGCGGUAGGGUUUUUCCCUCUGUCCACAUUUGUCCCCCUAUCAUUUAAGACACUACAUUCUAGACUAUAUGUGGCGGUAAGUUUUUCCCAAAUAUUUACUCUUAUUGUUGAGAAAAAAAGAUACCGAGGAAUCGACGUAGAAACGACGAAAGCAUUAGUGAAAAAGAAACCGUAAAAAUGAUAAGAGUAUUCGGUUUGAAGGAACUGAAGCAUAGACAACGAAAGUAAUAGUGUACGUGCAGACUGCAGUGGCGGAGGAAGGUGAGGGGGACAGGGGUCCGAGAACCCCAUUUGGUAAAAAAUUGGGCAACAAAACCCUUUAGAUAUUUAGGGUUUAGUACGAUUCUGUAAGUUUUGGACCCCAUACUCUCGACGAUAUUAACUUACUAGUACUCCGGAGCUCCUAUUUGAUGCUAAUAAAAAUGUGUUAAGUACCAUUUACAAGAUGCCAAUGCGUAUGCCUAUGACUUGUAUUCCUUAUUCAAUAUGAUUUUAGUGUCUGAUGGACCUGAAACGGCAAUUUGUAUGUGGGAUGGGGCUGUGCGGAUGGGAUCACAUGCGGCAGGGGGGAUGGUUAUCCUUAACUCUGAUAGAGCGGUCAUCCUUGCGAAGGGGGUUCAUUUCCCGUUCCUUAGUGACCCAAUGAUGGUGGAAGCUCUGGUUUUCCGGGAGGCGAUUGGCUGGUGUUUGGCUAAUGGAUUCACUAUCAUGAGGUUUGAAGGUGAUGCUCAGGUGAUUAUUGAGAAGGUUCUCCGGAAAGAUAUUCGGGAUAAUCAUAUCGGGGCGAUUCUGGAGGAGAUAGUCAAUUCAUUUGCGUCAAACUUAGGUUUCUCUGUACGAUUUGUAGGUCGACGAAACAAUAGGGUAGCUCAUUUGGUAGCUAAACAGGCCCUGUCUUUGUUCCAGGCUGCAUGUCGAUCUUUUGAUUUCCAGGCCUGACUGUAUUCCAGGAUGUUUUGAUCUAUUUGUUUCAAUCUAUUGAUUAUCUUUAAAAAAAAAAGUAACAGGCUAAUUGCUUCCAUUUUACGUAUGGAGGUGGGUAUUUGGAGUUAUUAGGCAAAGGCCCAAAGUCCAAACCAUGGAAUUCCAAAUGGGGAGAGUAAACAGAAGCUUAUGGGUUGUUUAUCAAUUGUCAUUAUUAUUUGUUGAGAAACCAAAGUCAACUAAUAAACAGUCUGCCUUUGUUUUAGGGCUUUGUGUUGACAAAGUAAAGGCAGAGAAGAGAGAAGAAAUACAAUUACAAAGGCAAGAAACCAAAGCCUAAUGAGUUGGGUCUCCCUCUCCCCAUUUGCCAUAGUCAUAAAAACACGACCUCUGUUUUUUUGGUUACUUUCUACGGCCCCUAUAUACUAAACUACUAACUAGUAAAGCCUAUAUAUGAUGAUUAGAUUAGUCCUCUUCUUCCUAUAAGAUUUCAAAUUACAUAAUACGACUGACCACUCUCCAUUUGCAGCCCCUACCUACCUAGCCCCUCCAACUUCAACCCAUUAACGUUUUGUGGUACCAAGGACAAAAGGACAAGGGGUAGUCCCCAAUGGUAAGGUUGCUCGAUGGACUGAUCGGUUCGUUUCCUGGUUAAUAAUGUACGAUGUAUCGUGUCGUCCUUAGAAGAAUAUUAUGGCGAACGCUACCGGCUUGAGGAAAAAUCUAUUAACUAGGUUAGUUGCUUAUACUUGGAUCCACAAUGUGCUUGUGGUGAUGGUUGGGUCAAAGUUAGCUCCAUUUUCGAAUGAAUGGAUUCUUUAUCAUGAAAAAUUGUCCAUGUGUUCUUGAAAUUCAAAGUCGUUUGUCGAGCGAGAAUGGAGCACUGAAAGCAUCAAACGUCAAGAUUUGGACCUUGUUGUCAUUGCUUAGAAUCCAACAAUCUUGCUUUGAUUCUCCUCUUUCUUGGAGCUAGAGAUGGGCUCUACUAAUGUCGAUCACUCACGCUAGAGCGCGGCUUCCUUUGGUCUCUCCAAAGCUCGAGACAUGAAUAUUGAUCCGUUGAUGGAAUCUGAUUGCAAAAGCCGAUUCAUCUGUAGAGGUUGAGGAAAGAUGAUGAUUGCAUAACAUAAGUGGCAAAUGUGUGUAGGGAUGGAUACAAAGCACAUGAACGAGAUAGUGAAUGUUAGAGAUUGUGUCUUCUCAUAUCGAGAAAGAAACAUUGUUGCUCAUCUUCUUACUCGUAUAUCCCCUUAAGAUCUUUACGAAGUAAUCUGUUCUCGUAGCGUUCCUUCUCGUAUCACCGAUUUAAUCGGCAUUGACCCAUUUUGGACCGAUCAUCUGAAUGAAUGUUUGACUAGUUAUCUAUAUAUAUAUAUAUAAAAUAUUUAUCCUCAUUCUUAUUGGAUUAUGUGGAAGAAAGAGAUAUAUCAUAUACGAGAAGGUUGUGUGUAGGGUUAACUAAUAAAUGGAGUUAAUUAUUAUGGGUAUUGAUGAUUGCCAUGUUUGUGCCAACAAAAGGACCAUAACAUGGAACAACUCAUCCACUCCCAUCUUCAUUAAUUAUAUCACUUACUUAGCAAUUUUCCCCCAUGCAACCUCCUUUCUCUCUUCCCCAUCCCCUCCUCUUAGACUGGUUAGGGUUAAUCGAUUAAGGGGUUUAAUUGUGUUUAAAUUCUAUGGACUGAAAGUAAUUUAAUUGUUGCUAUUGUUUGGAGACACAAAAGUUGACUUUUAAAUUGAUGAAAUUUUAUUUCUUCCAUCUCAAUGGUAGUUCUAGAUUUCUUCAUUCAAAUUCAUGAUUAAUACUGUAAAAUUUAGGAACCGUGUUUAUUUACCAUGCAUAAUUUGGCAUUCUUUACAAUCCUUGCCGCCUCAAGAGACUACCAAACUGAAAAGAGGGGAAAAGAAUAGAGUUUGUUUUAUUAGGAGUAAGAGAAAUUUUACAAUGCUAUAUAGUAUUGGUGUUAUAUGAUUUUGUUUUUAUGGUACAACUUAAAAUUGUACAUUUAUGUUAUGAUACAAUUUAGAUUGUACCUAUACUUUUUGUACAAAUUCUUUUAUGGUACAACUUGAACUUGUACCUUUAUGUGAUGAUACAACUUCAAGUUGUAAAGUUGUACCAUAAUAUAAUGAUACAAAUUGUUUUAUGGUACAAUCUAAACUUAUACAUUUAAUGUUAUGGUACAACUUUAAGUUGUACAUUCAAGCACCAAUACUAUAAAGCAUAAUAGAAGUGCUCUAGGAGUAAACCUAUAUCUCGCAACACCUAAUUAUAGUUUGAUCCUUGUUGUCUCAAGAAUCAAUCAAUUAUGGAUCAUAUAUCAUUUACUAACCUACCUCUUCAAACGAAAGUCGCUCAUAUAAGUUUGAAGUUUGCACAGGUUCAAAUAUCAUGUGCUUAAAAGAACCAGGAUUUUUUAGAAAAUACCUCUUUGUCACAUAAGAUUUUGGGGAAAAAUCCAAAAGUACUACUGUUUAAAAAAAAAUUCCAAAAAUACCACCCAAUCCCAAAAAAUUCCAAAAAUACCAUCCUUUUUUAAAAAACCGCCACCCCACCCUGCGGUUUACACGAAAACCGUUUGUCGGGAUCGCGGUUUUCUAUGCAAACCGCGGGCCUAGGGGGCGAUUAUAAAAAAAAAAAAUUGGACCGAACCGCUGGGUGGGGUGGCGGUUUGACCCAAAACCGCCACCCCACCCAGCGGUUUGGUCCAAUUUUUUUUUUCUUUUUUCGAUCAACUCCCAACUUCGGCCGAAACUUCAAACGAACGUAACUUUGCACUCGGGUAUCCGAUCGAUGCGAUUUUUUUUUCAUUUCGCAUAACUUUUCAAGAUCUAUAACUUUUAGUAGGAUGAAAUUUUCAAAACAGGAACUAUUUGUGGAUAUAUGGGACCUUGGGAAUAACUUUACCUUAACUUUUCACAAAUCCAUGUACAUUUUGAAAUUAUGAUUAUAUUAAAAGUUAUAGAUCUUGAAAAUUUAUGUGGAAUCAAAAAAAAGUUCAUGACAUUCGGAUUUUGGAGUACAAAGUUAUGGCCUCCCAAAGUUUGACGAAAUAAAAAAAAGCUCGUUCGGGGUGGCAAAUGACGUUUUUUCGAGAAGAAGGCGGGACCCGGCGGUUUGCAGCUUGCAAGAUCUCAAAAAGUUAUUCGGAUUCAAAAAAUGGAGGCCGCAAAAUUUUUGAGAUCUUGCAAGCCGCAUACCGCCGGGUCUCGCAUUUCGUCAAACUUUGGGCGGUCAUAACUUUGUGCUCCAAAAUCCGAAUGUUAUGAAUUUUUUUUUAUUCCUCAUAACUUUUCAAGAUCUACAACUUUUAAUAUAAUCAUAAUUUCAAAAUGUACAUGGAUUUGUGAAAAGUAAAGGUAAAGUUAUUCUCAAGGUCCCGUAUAUCCACAAAUAGUUCCUGUUUUGAAAAUUUCAUCCUACUAAAAUUGUAGAUCUUGAAAAGUUAUGCGAAAUGAAAAAAAAAUCGCAUCGAUCGGAUACCCGAGUGCAAAGUUACGUUCGUUUGAAGUUUCGGCCGAAGUUGGGAGUUGAUCGGAAAAAAAAAAAUUUGGACCAAACCGCUGGGUAGGGUGGCGGUUUUGGGUAAAACCGCCACCCCACCCAGCGGUUUGGUCCAAAUUUUUUUUUUAUAACCGCCCCCUAGGCCCGCGGUUUGCAUAGAAAACCGCGCCCCCAACAAACGGUUUUCGUGUAAACUACAGGUGGGGUGGCGGUUUUUGAAAAAGUGUGGUAUUUUUGGAAUUUUUUGGGAUUGGGUGGUAUUUUUGGAAUUCUUUUUUUUAAACAGUGGUACUUUUGGAUUUUUUCCAAGAUUUUGAUAUAAUAUCAAGUAGUUAAUCCCAAUAAGUCGAGUUGUUGAGAGAGAUUCACUUAUUGAUCCUAUACAAUUACUAACCGGUCGAAAUUUGAACCAAAGUUGAAGGAGCAAGUUUGGUACCAUAGUUAUGAAAAAAGAAGACAACUUUAUGACCCGUUUGAAAAAAAUAUAGUAGAGGGCAAAAUUGUACUAUCCACCUAAAAUAAUAAUACGAUUUGGAAAAAAAAAAUACAUGAUUGAGUAUAGGUCUAGUUAACUGUAAUUAUGUUAGCAGUGUAAGUGAUAACAAAUCAGAAUCAGUGGUUAACCAUUACACUAAUAAUUGAAUAAAUAGUAAACUCUCGAUUUCUGAUAGUCUAAUUUAACUAAUUACUAACUGACGAUUAAAUGUUUUUCCAUUAACCGAUUACGAUCGUCAUCAUACUUAGGGUGGAAGAUAAUAGGCAUCAAUCAGUCAUAGGCAAAAGCCUAAAGAAUAUGAUGUGUGACCCUUGCUUACCAUAGUUGUAAUAGUGGUUUGAGUUCAAAUGAGAGUAAUUUUUUUUUGUAGAAAAAUGAGAAUAAUUUCAAGGGAGAGUUUUAGAAGCACAAUAGAAAGUUGGGCUUGCACACAGUAACUCUACAAUAAUGAGUAACAUUUAACCUUUUAUGUAAUUUAAUAUGGGGUUUAUGAGUUGAGAAAUUGGUGUUGGGUCUAUUAUUCUUGUCUACUUCUUUAAUAAAAUUUUACAAUAUAAUGGUGUAAUUGUUUACUUGUAUUGAAUUGAGUUCAUAUGGAUUGAUAUCUGUGUUAAAUUAUUUUGGAUAAAUAGUAUUUAGUAGUCAAACCUUUCAAAGUACAAAAUAUUAGCCAAAUGCUAAUUUCCAUUUGGCAGUUUUGUUAGUAAAUAUUAACUUGAAAACAUGAUACUGACUUGGAAGAGACACUUGACGGUGACAAAAAAAAUACUUAUAUUUUGAUGUAUUACAAAAGAUUGAGCUAAUAAUUUGUAUUUCGAAAGAUUUGGCUAAUAAUCUGGAAAGUUUGAAAGAUUUGGCUGAUAAAUUUUUUAUCCUAAAAUAGCAACUUAAAAAUUAAACGCAUAAAUAUGUAAGAAAAAAUAUACAAAAUGCACAAUUGAAAAUAGAAUGAGGUCUUCUGUUGAUUAGGUUAUCGAAUAAUUUUUUUUGGUAUAACAUUGUCAAAUCAAUUACUUAACAGUUAUUCGAUUAAAUCAACAAAAUAACUUAUAAUCGAUUAUACGAUUACAGUUAACUAACCAAUAUAAAUAAUAAUACAACUUAUGAUAAACACAAAGUAUUUAAUCGAGAACCGACUAAAAGAAUCUGGUUAUAACCAAAACGAGAUUGUCAGCCCAUUGAGUGGGCUUUGCUCCGGUGUCCCAGCCCAACUCAAUCUCUAAUCCAAAACAGAAUUCCUUCCUUUCUCCUGCUUUUUUAUCAUUAAAUUUAAUAAUAAAAAUAUAAAAUCCUCCGCAACAAGCCAACUCCCAAUAAUCCUCUCCUUGAUUUCCGACGCCCUUUUGCUUAUUCUUCCCGUCUCUCCCUUUGUUCCUUCUACUUCUGUCCAAUCUCUCUCUCGCAAAACCCUUCCUCUCGCCAUCUUUCGUCUCCCCGCGAUCGACCACCCGCAUUCGUGUUUGGUAUGUUCAUCUAUUUUUCUUCUUUCUUUGUUUCUUUCUAUUUCUGUGAUUCUUGUUUCUGUGCGCGCUGAUUGCUUGAAGGCGGGCUCAAGUUAGAUGAUCGUCUAAUGUUUCGCUGUAUGAAAAUUGCAGGAACUCGCGAUCCUAAUCCCAGUAUCGUCAUGGCUAAAAGCUCUUUCAAGUUCGAGCAUCCUCUGGGUUCGUUCAAUUUCUAUGAUCGUCUUCUCUUUCGUUUUUUGUACGCGAUCUUUAGGGUUUGAACUGUUUGUGCGUUUGGUAUAAGGUGGCUUGUGAAAGACGAUAUCUUUGAUGUAUUCUCCCUGAUGGGUUUAUGUUUAAGUUGAGGAAUAUCUUUUCUUCGCUGAAUUGUUGAGGUUGGGAAUAGUUCUUUUGAGCUGAGAAUGGAAGUUUGUGUUUGUUUAGCCUGUUAGUGUAGUUGGCUCUCUCUAUUAUUGCUUUUCGUCAUCAUCUUGCUGUGUCAUCUUGUUGGAUUGGAAGUUGAAACAUUGGCUAAUGAAUUUGGAGUCGACCUACGAUGAAACAUUAGUGAUGCAGUAUGUUUCAUCUUUCCAUGUCCUCUAAUUUGCUUUUUGGCUGUGUUUUUAGAGAGGCGCCAAGCUGAAGCUUCUCGCAUCAGGGAGAAAUACCCUGAUAGAGUUCCUGUGAGUGUUAUCUUCUCACUUUGCCAACUUUGGUUUCCUUGCCUUUAUCAUUGUACAGUUGCCUGUUUUGCUUAUAUUAUGCUUUCUGGAUUCAGGUCAUUGUGGAGAAGGCUGAAAGGAGUGAUGUCCCUGACAUUGAUAAGAAGAAGUAAGUUGAUUGACAACAGAUCAUCACUUUUAAUCCUCCUAUGGCUGUAUCCAAUGUGCUCAUUAGGGUUUCUCUGAAGGUUUAUGACCUCCUUUUGAUCUCUACAUUAGGCAGUUAGUAAUGUAUUUUAGCUAUGAGUUUCUACUAGUUAUGCUCUCGUUUAAGUUUUUGUGUUGCAUAUUGAGAAAAGUAUGAUGUUCAUGUUGAGUGAUGAAGCAAAUAGUCUUGAGGUUUUGUAUUGAGUGUUGCUUGAUGCAGUUUUGGGGGCUUGAUCAUAAUGUUACUAUAUAUGUGUAUUUGAGCUUUGGCCUAUGAGUUUCCACUAAUUAAGUUCUUGUUCAAGUUAUUGGGUGGCAUAUCGAGAAAAGUAUGGUGUUUGUGUUGUGCGAAGAUGCAAAUAGUCUUGGGCUAUUGUAUAGAAGUUUUGGUUGAUCAAGUUCUGUCGAGUUGGGGGCUUGAUCAUAAUGUUACUAUCUGUGGAUUUGCCAAAUCAGGUACCUUGUCCCAGCAGAUUUAACCGUUGGUCAGUUUGUCUAUGUUGUGCGGAAGAGGAUCAAGCUCAGUGCUGAAAAAGCCAUAUUUGUGUUUGUCAAGAACACAUUACCACCCUCAGGUUAGUGAAGUUUGCAUCUUGUGUCUGAUUACAAUAAUUAAACCCGCCUAUUUCAGUAACUGAAUCUCUUCAAUUUGAUCAUGCGUACAAAACAGCUGCUCUGAUGUCUGCAAUCUAUGAGGAGAACAAGGACGAAGACGGCUUUCUUUACAUGACCUACAGUGGAGAGAACACCUUUGGAUGUCUUCACUAAGAUGGAGAUCAAACAAAAUGUCUCUUCUUGUCCUUGAUAUGAUGAAGAAAGCCCCUUUUGGAAG